AUGUUGCCAAGAGGAUUGAAAUACGUACCGCAGACGACCGGAUACGACGUCAUAGGUAGACCGUACGCGAAAUCGUCGACGAAAAUUGAGGAUGACGACGCCGAUGACGAGCCCAUAAAGUUUUCCACGUCGAAAGCCGCCAAGAUGAGAAUCGAGGAGUAUCGCGAUCCAGACGGCGACAGCGUUCCGUGGUAUCAGGGAUGGAGCGUGAUAGUAUCCCUGGCCGUCUUCCUAGGUUACUUCUGCAUCUUAAGGGAGGAAAACGAUGUCGAUUUGAUACUCGGCAAAGACUUGCAGACGACGAUACAAGAGUCGAUGGAAAGUAUGCAGAAAGAUUUAGAAAAGAAGCAUCAGAUCAAAAUGAAGACACACAGGUCCGAAUAGGGCGUUUUGUUUAUCCGAUAUGCUAUUUCUGGGCUCGUUUUGCGAAAUCGUUUCCUCGCCCCCCCCCCCCCCGUUAUAUAACGAAUUGUUUUUCUCACGCCACGCGCUUUCCACAAGGAAUUCAGUAGACGUUCAAUUCAAUUCACAGUGAUAUCUCGGGAAACACAAACUAACGUUAUUUGACGCCAAAGCGCAGCUUGUUUCCUGGGAUUUAUCUAAAUGUGUAUUCUGUGUGUGUGGUUGUGUAUAUAUAUGUAUAUACGGAAUACUAUAGGAGAGAGGUUUGUUAAGAAAAAAAAUUCUUUUAUCUGUAAAUAAAAGAUACGUUCAAUGUA